AUGGGUCAUGUCUGUAAUGAAUCCGCUCCAUCUGAAUUCAUCUUCCUGGCAUUUUCGAAGCUUAAUGAAUGGCGUUUUCUCUUCACUGGAUUUCUGCUCAUCACUUAUCUCUUCACACUGAUGGGGAAUGUUCUGAUCAUAAUUCUUGUCUGCUUACAACCAAAUCUUCAAACUCCCAUGUACUUCUUUCUGAGCAAUCUAUCCCUCCUGGACAUCUGCCAGACUACAACCACUAUUCCACAGAUAAUAGUGCAUCUGAUCUCAGGGACAAAUGCCAUCUCACAUGAAAGAUGCAAGAUGCAACUCUUUUUCUUCAUCUUAUUCAUUGGUACUGAGCCACUCCUGUUGGCUGCCAUGGCUUAUGAUCGUUACGUUGCCAUCUGCAAUCCUCUCCGCUAUAAUGUGGUCAUGAAUUACAAACUCUGUGCCCAACUAGUGUCAGCUUCUUGGUUCACAAGUUCACUCAAUGCCACCAUCCACACCCUUCUCACAUUGCGCCUGCCCCUUUGUGGUAUCAAUAAGAUCAACUACUUCUUCUGUGACAUCCCUCCCCUCCUAGCUAUUUCCUGUGGUGAUAUCUCUGGAAAUAUUAUUGCCAUGCUGGCUGCUAGCCCUAUAAUGGGCAUCGGACCAGGUAUGUGUGUCCUCCUUUCCUAUAUUCACAUCAUCUUGAGGGUUCUGAAAAUGCAUUCUUCCUCUGGGAUGAGGAAAGCCUUUUCAACUUGUGCUUCUCAUCUCACAGUUGUCCUGCUCUUUUAUGGCAGCUCUAUGUUUCAAUAUGUCAGGCCCUUCUCCAGCUACUCACUUAGCAAAGAUAGCAAGAUUGCCCUUUUUAACAACAUACUCUCCCCUUUGUUGAACCCACUGAUCUACACCCUCAGAAACAAUGAUGUGAAGGGGGCACUGCAAAGGAGAAUGAUGAAGAAAAUUAUUUCCUAA